AUGAGUGACCACCAGAACACAGAUGUGGAGGCUAUGCAGAGGCAGCUCUGGCUCCCCAGGGUGAACAAGGAGCCGGAUGCAGUAGCCACCACUCUGAGUACACAAGGGCUAGGAAUGGCCACAGGGAAAAGACCGAGCCAGAAGCCUCAGGCAGCCACGGCAGCUGCAGAGGGGGACCCAAAUCUGCCCCUGGGCCGGGAAUUGGCUGAGGCCAACCGCUUUGCCUAUGCUGCAAUCUGUGGCAUCUCAUUGUCCCAGCUGUUUCCAGAACCUGAGCACAGCUGCUUCUGCACAGAGUUUAUCGUGGGCCUGGUAAAGUGGCUGGAGUUGUCCGAAGCUGUCUUGUCCACAAUGAAUGCUUUCACCAGUGGCCUGGGCGGUGAAGGAACAGACAUGUUUGUUCAGAUUCUGUUGAAAGACCCCAUCUUGAAAAACGACCCAUUGGUGAUCACCCAGGACCUGCUGAGCUUCUCAAUCAAGGAUGGACACUACGAUGCUCGGGCCAGAGUCCUUGUUUGCCAUGUGACCUCCCUGCUCCAAGUGCCCCUGGAGGAGCUGGAUACCCUUGAGGAGACAUUCCUUGAGACCCUAAAGGAGACCAAAGAGGAGGAAUCUGAAAUGGCCGAGGCAUCCCGGAAGAAAAAAGAAAACCGGAGGAAAUGGAAGCGCUAUCUCCUGAUAGGCCUGGCAACUAUUGGAGGUGGCACAGUGAUCGGUGUGACUGGGGGUCUAGCUGCCCCACUUGUUGCUACAGGAGCUGCGACUAUCAUUGGCAGUGCUGGGGCAGCCGCGCUUGGUUCUGUGGCAGGAAUAGCCGUCAUGACAUCACUGUUCGGUGCAGCGGGAGCUGGCCUGACAGGCACCUUCAGCGCCCCGUGGGCUGCCCUUGCCCGUAGCCGUGAGCAGUACUGCCUGGCCUGGGAAGCCAAGUACCUGAUGGAGCUCGGCAAUGCCCUCGAGACCAUCCUCAGUGGUCUGGCCAACAUGGUAGCCCAGGAGGCCCUCAAGUACACUGUGUUGUCUGGCAUUGUGGCUGCUCUGACCUGGCCAGCUUCACUCCUCAGUGUCGCCAACGUCAUCGACAACCCCUGGGGCGUGUGCCUCCAUCGGUCAGCAGAGGUCGGCAAGCACCUGGCCCACAUCCUGCUCACCCGGCAGCAGGGCCGGCGACCAGUCACCUUGAUUGGCUUCAGCCUGGGAGCCAGAGUCAUCUACUUCUGUCUGCAGGAGAUGGCACAGGAGAAAG